AAUUGGCGUGGAAGAAAGGUGACAAGAAUAAUCCUAGUUAGCUGCUGCUCUGUUCUUUGUGGGUUGCACCAAUCGCGAACCAAUAUAACGAAGCACACGAAUACAUGCUCUGAUACCAGCUGACACUUCGCCUAAUAUGUUAGUGAGGUUAGUGGAUGAUAAUACAACACCACAGGAGAAGUCAGUACGAAAAAGUAUCCUUCAGCCCUGACGGAAUGACGUGUGUUGACAGUUGUAAAUAAUUGAAGCCUAAAAAUGGAAAGUACAAACAAGGAAGGAGAAAGCAAUCAGGAUGAUUCAGACUCUGAAGUAGACGAAAUAGAGCCGAGACUAAAAUAUGUUAGAAUGCAGAAUGAUCUGAAGGGGAUAUUGCAAAAUGACGCUGCAAGCUGCAUAGCUGUUCACCCAAAAUUUUUGUGUCUCGGCUCACAUUGGGGUAUGAUUCACCUUCUUGAUCAUCAAGGGAACAACAUUGAAUCUAUCACGUUGCAAGCUCACUCGGUUGCUGUGAACCAAAUAUCUAUAGACCGUAAAGGCGAUUUCAUUGCAUCUUGCAGUGAUGAUGGCAAAGUUUUUAUUCGAGGCCUUUACAAUGGAGACAACAAUCACAAUAUGAGUCUUGGUCGUCUGGUCAAGAGUGUGGCCAUUGAUCCAGGAUACUACAAAGGCGGAAGCAACAGAAGAUUCAUCACAGGUGAUGACAAACUCGUUCUGUACGAGAAAACUUUUCUAUCUCGUAUGAAACUAACAGUUCUAUGCGAAGCCGAAGGCGGCGUACGAUCGAUCGCUUGGACAAGUCAAUUUGUUGCCUGGGCCUCGGACACUGGAGUACGUGUUUAUGAUUUAAACGCCCGAUGUUCUCUGGGCUUAAUAAAAUGGUCACGAUCUCUCGAUGCUCCACCGGAACACUAUCGUUGCAACCUACGCUGGUCAGGAGAUUGGACUCUUUUGAUUGGUUGGGUAGACGUAGUUCGCAUCUGCCAAAUACGAAAGAGGUCAAGUCAGGAGAUGGUGAAUCGGGAUUUGCCAGAGUACAUUGUCGAUCCAGUAUCGACUUUUCAAGUGGACUUUUACAUUUCCGGUAUCGCACCCCUGGGGAAUCAACUGGUGCUACUGGGAUGCCUCAAAGAGCUUGACGAUGAUAAAAAAAGUCAACGUCCGACCCUCCAUAUAGUAGAGCCUAAAUAUCAGGACUUUUUCCCUGUGUGCGCAAAUUUUUUAACUCUGAGAGGAUACAAGGAGUACAGUUGUAACGAUUAUCAUUUGGAUUGUUUAACAGAAGAAAAUAGAUUUUUCAUCGUAAGUCCCAAAGACAUCGUAAUUGCUAGUCUGUAUGAUGCUGAUGACAGAAUAGAGUGGCUCUUGAGCCACGGUAAAUAUGAACAAGCCCUCGAGGCGGUCACAAACAACGGAGGAAGAGAUUGCAAGAGGCAUUCUUUGAUUGUCGUGGGACGUGUUUAUCUCGAUCAUUUAUUAGCAAGCGGGAAAUACGUUGAGGCGGGAAAAUUGUGUCUCAAAGUUUUGGGACGAGACAAAAAAUUAUGGGAAGAAGAGGUUUAUAAAUUCGCUCGAGUUCAUCAGCUACGCUCAAUAUCGUCGUACCUGCCACGAGGAGACAUCACCCUCGAUCCUCUCAUUUACGAAAUGGUUUUAUACGAAUAUCUGAAAAUGGAUCCACCCGGAUUUCUACAACUAGUGAAAGAGUGGUCUCCUAAAUUGUACACGAUCGCAGCAGUCGUUAACGGAGUCCUCGAACAUCUUCCUGUACACACUCAACACCAAAGUGUCCUACUCGAAGCGUUAGCUAUUCUGUACAGCCACGAUGGGAAAUAUGACAAAGCCCUUGCGAUGUAUCUCAAAUUACGUCAUAAGGAUGUCUUCCAAUUGAUACAAAGGCAUCAAUUGCACAACAUCGUUUAUGAUAUGAUCGAAGGACUGAUGGACCUUGACGCAAGCCGCGCGAUCCAGUUUUUUUUAGAUCGCGUCCCCUCGGAAUUGGUCGUUGAAAAGCUGAAAAAUAAUCAUCGUUACUUGUACCUCUACCUUGACGAGCUUGACAAGAAAGAUACGAAAGAGUCCAAAGGAAAAUAUCACGGCAUGCUGGUACAUCUGUACGUGGAUUAUGAACGAGACAAACUCCUCCCUCUUCUUCGUCGGUCGGAUAAUUAUCCAAUCCAGCAAGCUCUUGACAUAUGUAGCCAAAGAAUGUUUUAUCCGGAAAUGGUUUAUCUACUCGGUCGAAUUGGAAAUACAUCGGAGGCUUUGGCUCUGAUGACUCGUGAACUUAACGAUAUGGAAAGCGCUAUUGCUUUUUGUCAAGAACACGACGAUGAAGAAUUGUGGAAUGAUCUCGUCAAUUACUCUCUCAGCAAGUCUGAGAAUAUCACGUUCCUCCUGCAAAGAAUCGGUACGUACGUAGAUCCACGGUUGAUGAUCCAGAGGAUCGAGCCAUCCAUGGAAAUUCCAGGUCUAAAAAAAGCUCUAGUAAAAAUGAUGUGUGACUACAAUUUGCAAGUGUCAGUUCAGGAAGGUUGCAAGAAAAUCCUUUCAAACGAUUAUUUUAAUCUUCACGAGAGACUCGUUGCUUCCCAUCACAAAGGGAUAUUUAUUGAUGACGAGCAAAUGUGCGGAGCAUGCCAUAGAAAAAUAAUUGUGCGAGAUCCAAGAAAUCUCGUCGUAUUUGCCUGUAGACACUUGUUUCACGAGGAUUGUGUGCCGAAUUUGGAACAAGUAGAAAAUUGUGUCAUUUGUAAUCGUCAAAGGCCAGGAACAAGAUUAGAGUCCCAUACACAAUGAUACAGCUCGCGGGGAGAGCCCCUUGGCGAUGGAAAAUAUCUGGAAUUCAAACAAAUCCUUGUAUAUAUGUUCUGUCAUAGUGUUUUUGUUUUCCAUUAUAUAUUCGAUUUUUUUUUUAGAAGGCUUGAAAUAUCGAUACGUAUGAAACUGUGUAAAAAAAAUAUUUUUUUUUAUAUAUACUUUUCACUCUUAUAUAUUGUAUUAGAUCAUAAAUGCUCGCAAGAAAAAACAAUGCUCACCAAGUGAUUUUUUUUGCUGUGGAAUAAAUAUAGAAACGUUAUAUGAA